AUGGCGACCUUGGCCCGUCAGCCGUUUGCUCCUCUUGACGGAGCUCGAUUGCAAACACUCACGAGCCUUAAGAACCGCCAGAAUGGUACCGCUCCCGUCAAAAGGAAAGCCUCUGAGGUGUUGGACGCAGAUGACUUUGAGAACGUCGACCCGAGCAACUUUUCAAAGCGGUCUAAGGGCGCUGGCGCCGCUAGCGCGUUCUCAAAGGACUUCUUCAAGCCGUCUUCGUUUGUUCUCACAAAAGCCACCUCGGCGCCAAGCCUACCUGUUGUAAAGGAUGUUCACUCUAGCGCCCCCAGCAAGAUCGCGCCAACCAGGCCGAGGAGCAUGCUCCAGCCCAAAUCUCCAGCUGCUCGGCUGAACACCAGCAUUACUACUUCGUCAUCUCUCACGGCUCCGGCCGGCCGUUCGCCGACUCGGGGCUCCAAGCGGAUUGGCAUCCUGUCUCGGCGCCGCACCCAGCGCGUGGACCCUCCGUCGUUUAGCCUUGGAGCGGUCCCGUUCUCGCUCGAUGCUGCCCUCAAGGGCACCAUCCCGAGCUACACGGGCAGCCACAGCAAAGCCAGCUCCGACUUGCUAGCUAAGCCAGAAAUGAAGUCUUCGUGGUUCUUCGAGAUCCACGAGGACACGCCUGAGCAGGAGAUGACCAACUUGCUCCAGCACAGCACAUGCACGCUUGACAUCAGCAGCGACGAGGAGUCGGAGAAGCGGGCGCGCCGCGACAAUGCCGAAGGCCGCGACAAGGAGAACAUCCCUCCCAGCGACGACGUGAGCCAGACAUCGGCGCGAGCCGCGCGAGCGACGGCUGCUGGGGCGGGCUUCGACGACAUGAUUGUCGAGAAACAGCGCGGGCCACUGGUCGAGAUGAACGCUGCCGACUACUAUGCUGAUGGGUGCGACUACACGAGCGUUAUCCUUGUCCCCGGCGACGACGAAGAAGCCGAGACCCGGCUCAAGUACUUGCUCGCCGAUGAUACGUUUGAGUUUGCGCCCAAAGUCCAGCUCGCCGACCUGGAGGCCGUCAGCGUCGAUGUCAUUAUGGGUAAGGACGAUCCGGCGGCCAAGGCCGCUGUUCUGCAGCCAAUUGAUGGCACCGGUGAGAGUUUUGAGCUCUGGGAGAGCGGCAGCGCUAAGGAUGAGGUGUCGCCGCCACCGUCGCCGGCUCCAAUGGCGGCGGAAGAUGUGCCUGAGGCGUUUUCUUGUUGA